CGGAGCCUCAGCUCCCCACAACACGCUCCGCCCGGUCUACCGCUGUCCACGCCUCGAAAACGGGAGGGAAAACGGAAAACAGCGAGAGGAAAACAUCCUCUUCUCCAUCGAGAGCCUCCGUUCUGGACGCUUGCUCGUCUCGGGAUUUAACGAUGCAACCGUAACUAGCAUCGGCAAAGGCGCGGUGGCGCGAUAUGGAGGCGGGCAGCCUGCCCAUGGAGUUGUGGCGUCUCAUCCUGGCCUACCUGCCCCUGGCCGACCUGGGCCGGUGCUGUCUGGUGUGCCGGGCGUGGCGGGAGCUGGUGCUGAGUCUGGACAGCACGCGCUGGCGCCAGCUGUGCCUCGGCUGCCCUGAGUGCCGUCACCCCAACUGGCCACGGCGGCCACAACUGGCCCCACCCUCGUGGAGGGAAGCAUUGAGGCAACAUGCUCUGGCCAGCCGCACAUGGACACAAAACGGCGCCGAAUUGCACUCAUCUGCCUGCCUGCACCUGUUCCGCCGCAGGAAGGACAGGAGGGUGUGGCACGUGGGUGCUGCACCUGGCUGUGGAUACGAGACGCUGAGGGGGGCACUGGCGGCAGCGGGUCCCUACGACAGGGUGCUGCUUCAUCCGGGUGUCUAUGAGGAGCAGGCAGAGGUGACCCUGAAGGUGCCUGUGGAAAUUGUGGGAAUGGGCAAGCUGGGUGACGUGGCUCUGCUGGUCAGCUUCGAUCAACAGUGCCCCACUGCCAGGCUGUGUAAUUUAGUGUUUAUGCCAGCAUGGUUCUCGCCAGUGGUGUAUAAGACAUCCUCAGGUCACGUCCAGCUGGAUAACUGUAACUUUGAGGGCUGCCAGUUGCACGUCAGGGGGCCAGGCACCUGCCAAGCUCGCUUCUGCUCAUUUGCCCAGGGUAGCUCUGCCCAUUUUUUGGGUGUGGCCAUCAGUUUAAUGGACAGUUGUGAGUUCUCUGGUGGUGACUCUGCCUCUAUUACUGUAGAAGGCCCUCCGGUUUCAGAGCGCAACUGGGCUUGCAAACAUCUGGCUGCUUUGGCCAAAACUUUAACUGCAGUUACUAUGGCGACGAGCAGUGGGUCGAUAGUGGACGCAGUCAGUCAAGACACAAAAGACAGUCUGGGCAGGAUCAGUCACAGAGACACAAGCCUCGGAGGACAUAUCACCAUGGAAGAUUGGACUAAACAAGAAGUGGACUGGGAAACUGGCUGGACCAAACAGAAGGCCAUCAACGGAGGUCUGCUUCCAGGUCAGGAGGGCACCGUGAUCGAGGACGACAGCAUGGACACGUCAAAUGAGUCCAGCGACGAGGACAAUGAACUGCGAGGGGCGAACGUAAGCAACAUAGACUACACACUGUCAUAUGAGCAGCAUGGCCUAGCACACCUCUCUGAGCCAGGACUGCCGGAUUGUGCCUCUUUUCCGGCGUUAUUGAGCCUGAGUGCGGAACUGCAGCGGGAUGCGGAGGCACAGGAGCUGGCGAGUUCGGUGCAGGGCUGCCUGCUACGCCGAUGCCUGCUGCGGGAUGGCAAAGGAGGUGUGCACCUGUGCAACCAUGCUCAGGCCAGGCUGGAGGCCAAUGUGUUCCGUGGACUCAACUAUGCAGUGCGCUGUAUCCAGAAUGCUAAGUUGGUGAUGUUACGUAACGAGGUGAGUGGGUGCCGAGCAUCUGGUGUUUUCCUGCGUCUCUCCGCCCAAGGCCUUAUUGCCGAGAACAACAUUCAUUCCAACGGGGAAGCGGGACUAGACAUCCGCAAAGGAGCCAACCCCAUCAUUCUGUGUAACAGAAUCCACAGUGGGCUGCGUUCUGGGAUUGUCGUCCUGGGUAACGGGAAAGGUUUCAUUCGCAGCAACCAAAUCUACGGCAACAAAGAGGCUGGAGUCUACAUUCUUUUCAACGGCAACCCUGUGGUCAGUGGGAAUCACAUUUUCCAGGGCCUUGCUGCUGGCAUUGCUGUUAAUGAGAACGGAAGAGGCCUGAUCACUGAAAACGUGAUCAGACAGAAUCAGUGGGGUGGUGCAGAUAUUCGUAGAGGAGGUGAUCCCAUACUGCGCAAUAACUUCAUCUGUCAUGGCUACUCAGAUGGAGUGGUGGUGGGGGAGAGAGGCAGGGGGCUCAUUGAGGGCAACCACAUCUACGGCAAUAGGGGCUGCGGAGUGUGGGUGAUGUCAUCAAGUCUCCCUCAGCUCAUUGGAAACUACAUUACCCAUAACCGCAUGUAUGGACUGGCCGUGUUUUGCCGGAAGGACCCAGAGUCUUCGGGAGCUGGCGAGGGCUAUCGGCCAGCGCAGGAACGAGAGAGAGGAGGAGGAGGAGGAGGAGGAGGAGGGGAGAGGGGAGGUCAGGAAAACUUUCAUGAGGAAGGUGAGCUGCUGGCGUGGGAAAGUGACAUGGACAGUGAAGACGAGCGUUUCUCUUCUCGUCGGCCAAUAACUGUAGCCUUAGUGGAGAACAACUGCAUGAGCCGCAACGGAGCAGUGGGAGUGUACGUGAAGAGCAGUGAGGCGCUGAACGUGGUGGGCAACAUGGUGGCCAACAACAGGGCAGCUGGCAUGUCUAUCAUCCAGAGCUCUCAGCUGACCCGGCUUGUCGGGAACUGCGUCCAUGGCAACGGCAGGGUGGGCAUCACUGUGGACAGAGAGUGCCGGGUGGAGCUGCGUGGCAACGGCAUCUAUGGCAAUGGUUGCCAUGGAAUUUGUUUUCGUGGUGAUGGGCAAAUUGUGGAGAACGAUGUGGUUGGAAAUGGCGCCAUUGGAAUACGAGUGAUGGAGAGCGCAGAUGUCAAGGUCCUGAGGAAUCGUGUACAGGCUUUGCAGGGUUGCGCUAUCUCGGUGAGGCAGCAGGUUCGGGGUGUUAUUCAGGAAAACCUGGUGUAUCAGGGCUUCCCAGUCAACAUUAAGCCGCCAAUAUACACCAACCCGCUCAACCAAGAGUGCGUUGUACUCAGCAACACUCUGCUCACGCACAGACCUAACACUCCCUGGGCUCUGGAAAAUCCACCUCCUCGUCCCCUCUGCAAUAAUCCGCCCAGCACCACCUCUUCGGCACACCCUGCCAAUCUUGCCAUCAGCAUGACCAGCAGAAUCACCACCACUGUGGAGAGUGGUUGCCAUAACAACGGCAGCAUCUUCUGCUCCAUACUUUGAGGGUAGAAGGUAUCCUCACUAAUCUUUUGGAAGACUGAAGUCACCUUUGGACCAUCACCUUUAUCAGAGGGACAAGUUAGUGUUGAAGAUCUUGAUCUUGGGUUAAAGCACUUAGGGACACUGUCCCAAUCUACUUUUUUUAGUAAUUUACAACACUGAGAAGGCUGGAGAGGACUUCUGCUACCCCAUAAGACCCGAUGAGUACGUAAGCCACAUAACGUAAAGGACUAGUUUGACAAAGUUCAGAUUCAUGUAAUAUUCUCUUUACUCCAAAUGCAGUUGAUUAGGACAUGGCUACAUCUUCACCUUAGCUAUAAGGCUAAUGCAGGUAACUAGUAAUGGGAGCUUAUAGCCACCAAGUUUGACUAUGCAACUGCCUGCCUAACACGGCAUUUACAUUUCUCAGGCAUGGAAAGCAACGCAAUGAAUCCUGUUCCUUUUCUAUAACAUACAUACAGGUCUUUUGCAUGCAGAAUAUGCCAUUCACAUGCAAAGUAUUGAGUUUUUAAUUUUAGGGACAGGACAGGGAGGUUUUUCUGCCAUUGGAGAAUUCUAAGAGAGAAUCUCUCCUAUCCCUACCACAGCACAACAGCCUCUCACUGUCAUUAUUCAACCCACAGAUAUAUUUAAUUUUGAUUGGCCAAUCAGAACAUAAAAUUACUGUAAUGUAAACAGGGAGCCAUGUUUUGUGAGGAGUAAUGGUGGUUUCAUUUUUCCAGAUUCACAUUUCUUUUUUUCAGUAGCUUUCAAACGGUGAGGCAGAGAGUAAAUUAUCAUUGUUAGAAACCCAAACAAUCAGCUUCCUUGUAGUUUACGUCUGAUGUUGGUGUAGAACAUGGUGAUUUCUUUGCUUUUACAUAUCUGAUGGAUCCAAAAAUGUAACAGAAGCAGAUUCAUUUAAAUUUAGUCAACAAUGUUGAAGUGAAGUUGUCAGUGCUCUUUAACAAAAAGGUAAAUACAUGUACAACCCACAAUGAGUCCAUUUACAUGCACUCUGUAAGCCAGUCAUUAUCGGAUUUUCUGCAGUUAUUGGAUUAUUAAGUACAUAUUAACGCACUCGAUAUUUGCUUAACUCUACUGACUUUGUUCCUCUGCCUUUUCAGCGCAUCUAGAUCAUUUUUUUGUAAGCACAACAAACCUUAGCCCAUUUGGAGCACAUUAAAGUGUUGUAGGUUCAUUCUGGAUAUAGCUUCGUUAUCCAGAAUGAAAUCAAAACGUAUCUUUUCAAAGCCAACAGAUUUGCUGAAUGUGUUCAGGUUCAUUUUGGCAAGCUUGUUACUUAAUUUUAAACUUUUUCAAAUGUCAUCUUUGUUGUGGUUGUCAUGCUACAUUCACAUGUUGGUGGCAGACAGAAACUGAAUAUUCCAUUGUAUUCAGUAAAGCUGCAAUGGAAAACUCCACCACUGGCAACAGUCCGCUGACCACGUCAAGCACGGCAGUGGUAUGAAGCGAAUGUUGAAUUUUUUUGGGAGCCAUGAACUCCAAACCUCUUAUUAUUGAUGUUCAGGUAAAUCCAGUAUUAUACAACGCAAACGUGUCCUGCUUUUUUCACUCUAAACGAAGCAUGCCUGUCAUCCAUCACAUUUUGAGGUCGGUACUAACUGUGGUGUGAAAUUAGCCAAAUGAUGCACACAAAAUUUUACAAUUAUUCACAAAAAUCACAGCAUUAAUUAUAUAAAUAUCAAGCGUAUGAUGAUUUAGGCAUUAUGCUUGCACAGUGAAAAUUGGUGGUAUAAGCUUCCAUUAGAAUCACUGUACUGUCGUAACACUAAAGCAAAAUUUGGACACAAGCAAGUCUUGGGUGGAUCAAGUACAUCUGGGGCCAAACUGUUUGUUUCAGUCUUCUCAAGUCUCAAGCAUAAUACCAAUAUGCAGUAUACUCACUGUUCUGAGCUGGUUAACUGGGAUAGCUUUCCCACCAUAACAGUGUUCUGACAAACUUGUUGAGGAUGCCCACUUGAAGUGAUUAGUCAGAAUGAACUAACGUUAAACGUUGCUAAAUCUAUAAGUUAUCACAUGGCCUAGCAGCUGUUUCGAUGGUGAUGCUAAGGCAUUGCUAGGCCUAAUGUUAGUCAUGAGAAUAUCCAGGUCUUCCACAGUAUUGAGGUCUUCUGGGGCUGCUAAAUCUGAUAUAAUUGCAUGCCUGACACUUUUUAAGCUUUUACUUAUUUAUACAUAGUACCUGGUUGAGAGUCUAAUGACCUACUAACAGUCCAAGUCAUAAAAUUACAUAUGAAGAGUAUUCAAAAUGAGUGACCUACCGAUUUAACUUGUAAUGCUCUCUUUUUAUGGUUAGAACUCAUACACCAUCAUGCAGCUUCGUUAAAACUAUUUACACGCCACACUGUCCAUUUUAUCAGCUCUACUUACCAGACAGGUGCACCUCCUAGUUCUACAGUCUCAGUGGUCACAGGACGCUGCUGGCUAUAUACAUAAAAUGUUCAAAUACUAAAAAAUAUUAAUUUGCCGUAGUAGUAAUGUAAUUGUUCAGGCUUGUCAUGUAGGUCCAGUUUCGCAGACUCAGAUUAGCCUUGAGUCUACACAAAAAGGAAUUUACAGUGGUGAUUCACCAUUGCCCCUGCAGUUUGGCUGUAGCCUAGGCUUAGUCCUGGACACCACUGCUAUUUUUGGCUCAAAAUGAGUUACAUUUCUACAACCAGUAGUGAAGCAGCUUUUUUGUUUACACACAGCUGAUUUCUUUAUUUAACUGUCUAUCAGAGAAUCCUCCUCUCACUAAGCACAGCUACUUAGGGGAGUUAUAAUGUUCAAAUAUUAUAAUAUGAUACAUGUUGUUGUUUUUGCAUUGCCAUAGAAUACACUUUUACAGAAUUAGAAAAGAAUGCUAGCUUUUUUGGUAAAUGAAAAGGUUUUUCCCCCUAAAAGACAGCAGUGCUUGUUAAAGUAAUAACUGUCACAAGUCAUGGUAUAAAAUGUAUAUAUAAAAAAAAAUUAUAUAUAUAUAUAAAGAAGAUGUGCAAGAUAUAUUACAUGUUGCAUUUGAAUGUUUGGCAAACACAUGCGUUAUUGCUGCUCAUAAUAUAUAAGUAAACUAAAGUGUUUGUGAACUAUAAGUCUACAUCUCAAAAUUAAACUGAGUUUUACAUGUUCAUUUAAAGCAGUCAGAGCUUAUGUUUCUGCGUAAAGUCUGGCUCUCUGGCUGAAAUGAGUGAGAGAGGAUUUUCUAACCUAGCUCAGUCACUCCCUCAAACUACAGCAUCCAAGAUUCUCUACAACUGAGUAGUGGUGCACUUCAGAAGCCAUAAACGUACCCUAAUGAGUUAUUUGUUUCACCUGUUCAUUAUCAGCAGUUAGCGGAUGCUUGAGUCCUCUUUUCGCCUCACUCCUGUAAAACAAGUUAGCAUAUUUGAGACAUUAGUAUGGAUAUUUAUUACUCACUCAAGGUCAGCACUAUGUUAUCGUUAAAUCUACCACUUUUUAUGCCCAUCAUUAAUGCACUCAAUUGGGAAACUGAAGUGUUCCCAUACAGAAGACAAAUGCAAGAAUAAUUUUGUUUUCCUAAAAUAGACCUAGAAUUUAAUGUAGUCAUUCUGGCCAUGUCAUCACUUGUGUAUCUGCCACGAAAACCACUUCAGUCACUUGGCGAGCAGUGAGGCAUCUUGUAUCGUCUCUAAAUAUCCUGUCAUUUGUUCCAAAGUUGGAACACACAGUUAACAGGACUCUUGGGGGUACACAACUUGAUUAAUAAGGGCCUGUAUUCUCAGCAAAAUAAAAGAAAUUGGCACAAGCAAAGAAACAAGAUGUUUCCUAGUUCCUUCCAGCUGACUGGAUCAGAAUGGCCUUCAAAAGAUUUGCUGUGCAGGUUUUAAUUCUCGCUGCAAAGGAUUAUGUUCAUUAAUGUAGGCCUUGUUUGUGCCGUUAACGUUGAUCCGAAAUCUGUUUUCUCCACUUUCACUCAUGAUAAAUAACAUUUUAAGGCUUGCAUUUGUGUAGGUGAUGCUGAUUCUAGAUCAGCAUGAAAGCAGAUGAAGGCAGUGCAAUUAUAGUAAAGUAUAUUAGACUAGCUGACUGACGAUCAGCCCUGAACUGGGCGUGAUUUUAACUGUACCAGGGUCUCCAUAUUUAUAAAAACGAAUAAAAGUCCUCAUCCUGGAUCGGUUUUUCUCUUUUAAAUCUAGUUAGAGUAUAGAGUAUGAUUACUUGGGGAAGGCCAGAACUGAUAUAACUGAUAUAACCCUUUGAGAUAGGGAUGGGCGAUAUGUCAAAAUGUAAUACUGUGACACCAGACAUGGAGACAAUGUAAAGAUACUGGAUGCAAAAAGAGGUAGUUUCAUUCAACAGAAUAAGGAACAGGAGAAUAAAAAUCUAUUUGGAUAAAAAAGUAAAUAAGAGUGCACAUUAGGCUAAAGGCUAAUCAGCUCUUAUUAUGCAGUUUUACUAUGAUAGAGACAUCAUGUUUUGUUUGUUUACUGGCUCUUAAUAAUUGGCCAUUUGCAAAAUCCAGAUAAAUCCCACUUUCUUUAAUUACUGUUGCUGUAUCCAUCAAAUGUUCAGCCCAGACUGUGUGGUAGCAUCUGUAGCAUUUGCUAACACGCUGAAAGUCUCAGUAGUGCAAAGGAAAACUCAGAAGCACAUGGAAGAGUACAUUUAAAAACAUUUAUUAUUCAGGAAUUAAGUUCAAAGCCAAAAUUUGAUGCUGAACACCAGGGAAUCUUGUAGUCCCUGGAGAUUGUAGCGACUCAGGCUGUCCCUUCAAAUUGUCUAAUGCUAAAGCUAACACUGGAGCUAAGAAAACUCAUCUUAAGGUUGUUCUGUGACGUUAUUCAUUGUUAGACGUGAGACAAAGUGAAUGUUAGAAACCUCAGGGCCUUCUGAUGUCUGGGAUCUAAAAGAAAAUGCACUAAAUCCACUAAAAUCAUGCUUUUUUUAAAACUCUAAGUAUUGCAGUACUGUUCUUCCGUUUUUCAACCAAAGGGUUCAAUUCUUGAACCGCUGAGUGGAAAAUUGGCCAAUCAGGAACUGUUUUCUCUGUGGUAUCUAGGCAGAUACAGCUAAGCGAGCUCUCCUAUUGGUUAGAAUUUCCAACAGCAGAAGGGAAGGCCAAAUGUGUUAGAUUAACCAUUGGCAUAAUUACAAAGUGACAGAGGAAUCAAUCACGUUUUGUUUUCCAAUAGGCGGAACCAAUUUUGUGAGGGGGUAUAAGUCAUUCUAGACCUUUUGUAAGUCCUACAUACGUCACUGAGUGAAUACGAGCAGCACUCUCAUCAGAGAAAUGGAAAACAGCAGUGACAGCUCUGUGCCAGGCCUCUCUACUGAGAGUCACUGAGAAACUGCAAAGGUAAAAUAACAGCUGGUAAUAUUAGCAUAUCUGUUACUUUAAGCUUGUUUUUCACAGAGUAAUACAUUGAAAGUCUUUGUGAAACUUGUGUUUAAUCCGGAAAGUCUUCUUACCUUAUCACUAACAACUACUAGAAUCGCAUAGGGAUGCUAGCAGAAGUUAGCAUUAGUUAGUUGUAGUUGGUUUCUUCCUCAUUUUUUGACAUUUAUGGCAUAAACUAAAGGCCUCACUCUAAUACGCAUGGUUCACCAUUGUGGAGUGGCUGAUUAAAACUUUGGCUAAAACUAAAAGUUUAGUCUUCCACAGAGUUUAAUCCGAAACCUUUUCAGCUUCAGUAACAGUUAGCUGACUGUUAGCCUUAUAAUACAGUAAUAAGGCACAAAGUUCCCUUCUCUGGGAUAAAAUCACAGUAACGCACAACAGCCGCAAGUGGUUUAUUGUAUUUAGAAAACGCCAACAUAAAAACUAAAAAAAUUCACAAUUUUCAUAAAAUAUUAUCAAUAAUACUCCGCCAAUAAACCAUGGACUGCUGAAUGAGGAGAAGAACGUUCAUAUAUUGUGGUCUUUUUACUGUUUUGUUUUGUUGUAUAAAAAUGAAUUUUAAUGCAAAAACCUCACUUUAUAAUUACUUUCUGGUCACCAAAUUACAGCUGCGAAUCUUAUUUAGCACCAAUCCAGCAGCACCCUCUUCUUGUGAUGGGGCUGAAUCUAACUGCUCCAUGCUCCCUACAUAGUGCACUACAUAGGGAUUUAAAUACUGACUUCUGCAUCCCAACUAUGCAUAAUAUAGCUAGAAAAAUAGACAUUUGGGACUCCAUACCAAAUAAACCAUGCACUAUUUGGCUGUAGAGACUAGAAUUUCUAAACUUUCCUACUUAGCACACUAUAAAGGGAGUAGAGACAUUUAGGAUUUAGCCUGGGUUUAUUGCUACUGCUAACUGAAACACAAACAUUUGAAGAGUGUAAUCCAUUCAAGUGACAUUUUUAGACUUUACUUCAAGUCUGUGAUAUUAAUGAAUGGAGUUCUUUAGGCUGUUGGCUAUCUUUUAGCCUGUUGGCUAGCUGACCAGAUGUUCUAGUUAAGAACACAAGCUGCCAGCCCCUCAGUGUAAAAAAAAAAAAACAGGUUCUUCUUCAGUACGCUCAGUGGUCCAUGCGAGCAGCAUUAAAGUCAAAGAUUAUUCCAUUUACAGCACAAGGGUUUUUCGUGCCAUAGCACUGUAAUAUACAGUUCACUUACUGUGAGGCAGUCAUAGAUGUAGUACAUCAUGGGUUUUACUACAGCUUCAGAUCAGCCAAUCAGAUUUUAGGACUGGAGCUGUCCGUUUUAUAAUUCUGACUAAUUUACUGCUACUGGUGAUACCACACGUUUGUUGUGAUGAUUUUUGUCUGUUUUUCCUUCACUUGAUGGAGAAAAUAGCUCAUAGUGUGAGUCAUGAUUUUGCAGACAAUUGGUCACUUUUUUUAUUAAUUAUUUUUUAAAUUUGGCCAGUGGGGAUAACGGAAGUGCUCAGAGAAGUGUAUAGUGAUUUUGUUGACAUAUUGCCCACCCCUAUGUUUAUAAUAUUUGUUGAAUAUAGGCUCAUAGUUACAGUUGAUGAUUUAACCCUUCAGAUUCAGCUCAUUGGUCAGUUAAUAAGAUUAAAGCUUAUUACUCUUCUAUGACUCAUUUAGUAGCUACUAUGAAGCUAAUAUAUGAGUUUUGUGUAGUUAAUUGAGGUAUGGAAAUCAAGAACUUCCUUGGACUUUAAGGAGUUAUAGUCUGUGGUAAUGGGCUGAAUGCUACAGAUGCAGAAGAUCGAGAUUAUUUUGGGAAAUGAUGACGUGUUCCUUUAAAAAAUCUUAUUCUAAGAAUACACAAUUAUGAAAACGAGUGAGAAAGCUUUUGCUGUUGUUCAUCAUGAAUGUGAAGUCAGAAAGAGAACAAGAAAGAACAUUGCACUCAUCUUUUCUCCCGAGUGACAGAUGGGGCUGAAAAUAGUCAGUAAACAGGUGAGGUGCACCAUGGGAAUUGGGAGUCCCGCUCGCACCAGCAGCAACUCUUCCACCUAAGCGACGGCCAAAACAUCACUGUUCUCAGCUGGCCUGCUGCCAUAGCAACCCCAUGUGGCACUGCGGGGUCUAAUCUCAGCAUGGGACGAUCAGCCUCAUAACAGCCUAUUGAGGUUUCUGACAGUGUGCAUGUUUUAGAGAGAUUUUUUUUUUUUUGCAACCUGGCAACCCCUUGCUGCAUAAAUGCAGCAGGGUGAAUGCUGUUAGAAGAACUAUUCAGUCAAAUUACCUUUGAUUCCAUUUCAAGCAAUCUGCUUGAAUUGUAAAACACUGGCUGAUCAAAGGGUGUAUUCACAGCAGCACCUUGUUUUUUAUUGAGUAAAUUGCCUGCUUUCUCUCGUGGUUAUUGCAGCAGAGGUUCAUUGAGACUGGAGACACAUUGCAGUUGCAGUCAAGGUUUUCUAUGCUGAAUUAUUCCAUCAUACGCUGUUUCUUUCUGUUUAUCAUUGCUGUUUCUCCCAAAUAGUGCAAUAUGUUAUGUCUGAAAAUGUGCCUAUUUUUACUGUAUGCCUUCAUUUUUUAUACAUGUUGUAAAAUCUAAAUAGAAAUCUAUUGAACGUUUCAAA